GCGCAGGAAUAGCGCGAAGAUUCACCGUCGCUACUCGGAGCGUAUUCUCAUCUUUUGUUUGAGUCCCAGUCUCUGCAGGGUGGGGGCUUUAAAUUCCAUAUAAGCUCUUCCCUCCCGCGCUCUGGUCCUCCCUUCGUGUACAUUCCGCGUACCGAACAUACACCAACCUGCUUCUCGAGUCGACACACAUUCACUCCAUCUCUCGAUCCGCGGAUGCGACCCGACAUCCUGACUCAAACACAUCGCUCCAUUGCAGCCAUGUUCGGUUUCGGCAAACAAGACCCCGCUGCCGCCGUCGACCAGACGGCCGACCAACCAGCCCGCGAACAAAAGCCGUUCCGGAAGGCCAUCCUGCCCGUCAUCGCUUGCGGUGCGGGCUUGUUCUCGGAUGGCUAUAUCAACAAUGUCAUCGGCUCAGUCAUGACCCUGCUCGCCCUCGAGUACGGCGAUGUCUGGAGCAACUCGAACGCCAAGCAGUACCUCGGCGACAUUGCGUUCGUCGGCACGGUUGUUGGACAGCUUGCGUUCGGAUUACUGUCUGACAAGUGGUCGCGGAUGAACUCACUCAUCACGUCGACGGUUAUUUUACUCAUCUUCACCGCGCUCUGCGCCGGUUCCUAUUACCACGGCGAUGCCGUCGGCAUGUUCAACAUCUUGACCGCGUGGCGCUUCUUUGUGGGCAUCGGCAUCGGAGGCGAGUAUCCGGCUGGCAGCGUCAGCGCCGCCGAAUCGACAAGCGAACUCAAGUCCGGCACAAGGAACAUGUGGUUCAUCAUGUUCACGAACACGAUGAUUGACUGGGGCUUCGUCAUUGGCGCUUUCGUGCCGUACGUCGUCGCAGCGGCCUGCCAUAACGACCAUCUCAGCACGAUCUGGCGCACCAGUCUCGGCAUCGGCGCCGUCUUCCCCGCCUUGCUCCUGAUCAUGCGUUUCUUCGUGAAGGAGCCUGAGGAUUACCAGAAGAACUCGAUGAGGCACGCCAAGACGCCCUACCUCCUGGUCCUCCGGUUCUACGGCUUCCGGCUCUUCAUCGUCAGCCUGAUUUGGUUCCUCUACGAUUUCUCGUCGUACUCGUUCGGCAUUUACUCGUCGCCGAUCCUGGCCAACAUCUUCGACUCGGACACGGCGGCCCUCACCACGGUCUUCGGCUGGAACACGGUCAUCAACCUGUUCUACAUCCCGGGCACCAUGCUCGGCGCGCCGCUGUCCGACUGGCUCGGCCCGCGCUACGCCCUGGCCGGCGGCGUCACGCUCCAGGCGAUCGUCGGCUUCAUCAUGGCCGGCUGCUACGCCCGGCUGGCGCAGCCGAGCAUGGUGGGCGCCUUCGCCGUGGUCUACGGCAUCUUCCUCUCCCUCGGCGAGCUCGGCCCCGGCAACAACAUCGGCCUGCUCGCCGCCAAGACGAGCGCGACCGGCGUGCGCGGCCAGUACUACGGCAUCGCCGCCGCCAUCGGCAAGAUCGGCGCCUUCGUCGGCACCUGGGUCUUCCCCCACAUCGUCGCCGCCGGAGGCGACUCGGCCACGCUGUCGGCCCAGUACCCCUUCUGGGUGUCCAGCAGCCUGUGCGUGCUCAGCGCCGCCCUCGUCCUCUUUGGCCUGCCCCACAUCGGCCAGGACACCAUCGCGCUCGAGGACGCCCGCUUCCGCCAGUUCCUCGAGAGCCACGGCUACGACACCCGGCAGCUGGGCAUGAAGAAGGGGGAGAGCUUCUCGUCGCUGGAGAAGGGUGGUAGUGCUGUUGCCGCGGGGGAGAAGGCAAUUGCUUGACCCCCGAGAGUUUUUGAAUUAUUGUCGAUUCGGAGCGUAUAGUUAGGCAUCGGCACCUCGGCGUGCCACUAACUGAGAAGUGUAAAUGAUAUCAAUCAUCAGUCUUGCAAAUGG